CAUUCUCCUAUUAAGUCAGCAGUAAAUACUGUAACGGAAAUAUUGGUAGCAAAGGAUAGGUAUCUUUAAUUUAAAGAUAAGUGUACAUAAAGCAUUUCUUAACAGCGAAGUUUUAACAAUGGAAACUAAUAUGGAAAUGAGUCCAACAAUCAUUGUUGCUGAGCCUACGGCAGAGUCUCUGCCAAAGUCUGCGCCUGAGCCUUCACCUGAUCCUGCACCUGAUCCUGCGCCUGAGCCUGUACCUGUGCCUGCACCUGAGCCUGAGCCAGAGCCUGCACCUGAGCCAGAAUCUGAACCUGUGCCUGCACCUGUUCCUAUAGCGGUUAAUAAAAUCUAUCCCGGAAUUGAAGGUCCAAAUGCACCUUAUGUGAAAAUAGUUUCAGCUGAUGGUCAUAGCUUCAUUAUCCUAAAGGAAUACGCACUUAUCUCCGCCACAAUAAAGGCCAUGUUAUCUGGACCCCGUCCCUUUCGUGAGCGUGAAUUACAUGAACUUCGUUUAAGAGAAAUACAAUCACAUGUUAUGCAAAAGGUUUGCUUAUAUUUCCAGUACAAAAUUUAUUACGAGAGUACUGUUGCUAAUCUCCAUGAUGUUCCUGAAUUUCCUAUUGAACCCGAGGUUGCAGUUGAUAUAUUGAUGGCAUCGAAUUUUCUAAACUGUUAGAAAUUUUGAAGAUACAAAGUUGCAAAGAUACAAGUAAGCAAUUCAAAGAUUGAAUUCAAUUCAUACAUAUUUUAU